AGAAGAAGCUCAAAUUCUCCCAUUCCAUCCAGAAAAAGAAGUUUGGAUUCAGAUCUUCCCAUUCCAGCCAGGGAAAGAAGUUCAAAACCUCCCAUUAGAAGUGAGUACCAGCAUGCUCACUAUCAUGAUGACAAUCCGCUCUUUGUCCAUCCAUGGAUGGGUAUUGUCACCAACAUAUAUUCCAACCCGAGUCGAAGAUGGAAGGGCUGUAGGGGAAAGUGGAAAAAACUCAAGGAGGAGUUCACAAGGCAAGGGUUUAAUCCCUUGAAGGUUCACCCUCUCUGGAAUAGAAAAGGGCAUUCAGGGUUUGCAAUAGUGGAAUUUAAUAAAGAAUGGGAUUGUCUUAAGAAUGUUAUUGUGUUCGAGAAAAGCUUUGAAAGUAACCACUAUGGCAAGAGGGAUUAUUAUUCAUCAAGACAUCAAGGAGAAAAGUUGUAUGGUUGGAUUGCACGUGAUGAUGAUUACUAUUCUAGAAAUUUGAUCGGUGAUUAUCUUUGUAAACAUAGAGAUCUAAAAACCGUCUCUGGAAAAGAGGCUGAAGAUGCACAGAAAGCUAUAGUUCUGGUGUCAAGUUUAACCAAUACCUUGAAGACCAAAAAUAUGCACCUUAAGGAAAUUAAGAGUAAGUAUAUUGAGACAAGUGUGGCUGUUAAUAAGGUGAUUGAUGAAAAGGAGAAGAUCAUCAUAUUUUAUAAUGAAGGAGGAAAGAGACAGCCCCCCCUCACUCCCCCUCCCUUGCCAUCCAUCCCCAUCCCUUCCCCUCCCUCUCCGUCCGACACCUCCAAUCCAAACAAUACCUUAAAGCUAGAAACAUGCCAAGAAGAAGGAAGAGAGCUGCAGAACAGGAAACAAAAAAAGGGAAAGAUUUCCUGCACCAGCCUGCACCAGCCUACGCCCCUGCCCUGCACCCUCUGCUGCGCCCUUACUCCCUGCUCUGCGCCUGCACCAAGCCCGCGCCCAGAUCCCCUUUGUUCUGCGCCGUUGACCCUGCUUGCUGCAAUCCUCUGCACCAACCCCUGCACCAACCCUGCACCAGCCUGUGCCCCUGCACAGCCCCUGCACCAGCCCUGCACUUUCCUCUUUGCGCCCCUGCACGCCUGCACCAGCCUCACGCCCCUGCACCAACCUCGUGCCCCUUCAGCAACCUCGCGCCCUGCACCGGGCUUGCGUCACGUCCCCUGCUGGCUGCAAUCCUCUGCACCAGCCCAGCCCGCGUCUGCUUAAGAAAUAAACAAAAAAAAGAAGGGCUUUCGUCCUUUGCUUUUCCUUGCAGAAAUCAGCAGCUGGGGGUUCAAAAUUUUGGCGAUGCAAUGUUAAAAAAAAAAAGAAAAAAGAAAGGGGUAGGAUUGGAAUGCUAGAAAGAGGAAGAUCUCUGCCUGGGUAUAAAUAGAGAGUUUUAGGUUAGGAAGAGGGGGGUUCUCUUGGUUGUUCUUUUUGGUCUGAGUUUGGGAUUGCCGGAGGUGAUAGCAAGAGAAAGGAGAAAACCGAGCUGAUUCCGGCAAGAUUCCGGCAAGAUUCCGGCAAUAUUUCAGCCUCCUUUUGCUAGGUAAUUCCUGAACAGAGGAGCCUUCUGGGAAUGAUGGGGAAGGAGACGAUAGGAGCCUGGUCCCGUGGGUGGGAUCCCUCCCAUCUGAUCUGGAUCCAUCUUACCCAAAAGGCUCUGCCGUGGAUGUUUUUCUUAUUUUGGUUGAUGUUUCUGCAUCUUUUUGUUUAAUGUUCAAGCUUGUACAUGUUCCGUUUGAAAAUCAAUGAAAAUCAAAAAA